AUGCUGAGAACCGCCAUCGCUUUCGCUCUCCUGCUCGCUCCCUCUUCCGUUUGGGCCGCGACCGGGUACACACAUAACGAGGCUCGACAGAAUCGUCUGAACAAGCGGUUGGGGACGUCCACGAACCCUCAGGUGACGGUACAGGGCUCUGUCUGCACAGUGAAGCCAUUGGGUGGUGGCCGAGAUGACGCGCCAGCUUUGCUCUACGCUAUGAACGAGCUCUGCACCUCGUCGUCCCUUAUCGAGCUACCCGGAUACUACACUGUCCACACCGUACUUCGGACCAACUUGACAAACGUCGAGGUACGCCUGGGAGGCGCUAUCAGCUAUGUUCCGGACAUCGCCUACUGGAAUGCCUCGUCCAUCUACCUGACCUAUCAAAACGCGACUACUUACUGGUUCUUCGAGGGACACGGAGCGACAUUACAUGGCGGCGGAACCAUCACUGCAAAUGGACAAGCUUGGUGGGAAUAUUUUGCAAGGUCCAACAAUAAGGGCGUAGCUGGUGGAUCAUCUACCACCUUUGCUCGACCCAUCCCUCUUGUCAUCGGCAACUCUACCAAUGUCGUCGUCGAGGAUCUUAGCAUCAUCGAUUCGCCGUUCUGGCACAACUUUGUCUACCAGUCCAACGACGUCAAGUAUCAGAAUAUCCAGAUCCGAUCCAUCUCCAACAACGCCAGCGCGCCAGCCGCCAACAGCGAUGGGUGGGACAUCUAUCGCAGCUCAAACGUUGUUAUUCGAAACUCCAAUGUUCAGAAUGGGGACGAUUGCGUCAGUUUCAAGCCAAACUCCACAUUCUGCACCGUGGAGAACAUGAUCUGCAAUGGGUCUCACGGUAUUUCUGUCGGAUCUCUCGGGCAGUACGCCGGACAAACCGACAUCGUUUCGGACCUCUACGUCCGGAACAUCACCAUGCUGAACGCCGAGAAUGGUGCCCGUAUCAAGGUCUUUGGCGGCUCUAACGACACUAAAUCGGUGUCGGGGGGCGGUAGCGGCUACGUUAGGAACGUCACCUUCCAGGACUUUAGCAACUCUAACGUCGACAAUCCCAUCUACAUCACUCAGUGUUACUCCUCCUCAGCACAGCAAUGCGAGCAAUUCCCCGCUACUCUGCAAAUAUCCGACGUCCACUUCAUCAAUGUCACCGGAACAGCCUCAGGCAAGGUGGCCAAUAGUACGGUCGCCUCGCUUGAGUGCAGCGCAGUCUGUCAGAACAUCACGGCCGUCAAUACUCGGUUGACGCCAAAAAACGGCACGGCCAGGUACAACUGCGCCAACUUGGCCAAUGAGGCGCUGCUAGACUUCCCUUGUACCGAUGUGCCGAUCACAAAGGGAUAG